AUGACCCAGUACAAGUGUGGUGAGGUAUACGAAGAAGGCGAUUACAGAAGAAUUAGAUUUGUUGGACGACAAAAGGAGGUGAACAGGAAUUUUGCCAUUGAUUUAAUAGCAGAGCAGCCUGUGAGUGAAGUUGAAAGCAGAGUGAUAUCAUGCGAUGGUGGUGGUGGAGCUUUGGGACAUCCUAAAGUAUACAUAAACUUGGACAAGGAUACAAAAACCGGAACGUGUGGCUACUGUGGACUUCAGUUUAAACAGAAACAUCACUGAAAGAACGUCCCUGCAUGCUUGCAGAUUUCGGUUAAGAUGUUAACGUUUAACUAUAAAUAAACAAUAUAUUUAAAAGCCCAAGGUUAACCAUUGCAUUUAACUUAACUAUGGAAAGUCCAGUCUCUGCAUUUUUAAAACUUAGCUUGUCAAGUAUUUGAGAGCCAAAUGGUAUUAAAAUAUCUACUUUGUACUCCUCAUGGAAGA